AUGUCAGAAAGCUCUUCAGGUGUGAACACACUCACUGGCAGUUUCCCCAAAUCCCACUCAUCCCAUGGCUCUGAAUUCAGGGUUACAGGCACACCUCUGUCUGUGGACCAAAGUCCUGACUCUGGACUCGUAUCUACACCCCUUCCAUCAAGUCGGUUCCAGUUUGCAUUGUGGCAUGGCCUGGAGCAGUGUGAUGUCACAGGUGACCAGCUGACGUGCCCCAGGGUUAGAGAAGGGCCAUCAGAAGAUGAGUUACAUCUAAAAGAGAGGGAUGGCAUCUGUUUGGAGAGAGGGAGGAGCAGGAGAAGAGAGGAAGAAGGACAGAGAUGGGAGGAGAGGCUUCAAGAGAACUGGGAAAACUGUCUGGAGUUAAAUUUGUCCUAUCAGGACUUGGGUGAUCCCUUCCAGCAAGAAAAUUUCCUCCGGAUCCUCCGCCGGUUGAUCCGAGUGGAGAAACUUCAACUGAUUGACAACUCCCUCACCAGCCUGAGUUCUGUACGUCUGCCAAGGUGCAGAGUGUUAAACCUGCACCGUAACCACCUGGUGUGUCUGCGUCAGCUGCCAAAGCUCCCCGCAGUGGAGCACCUUUGUCUGUCUGAGAACGCCAUUGGUUCCCUGGGGGGACUGGGAGCUCUGGGGAACAGCCCACUCCGUUCCCUGAACCUGACCCGCAACCCAGUGACCUUCACUCAGGACUACCGUGCACGUGUUUUCUCCUGUUUGCCAAAUCUCGAGGUCCUGGAUGGAAUCCCCAAGCUGCCAGAAGACUUGCUGCCCCCCAGUUUACUGCUCCCAGAAACCAGCAGGACGUGUAAUAUUUUGUGACAUUCCUCCGUGGUAGCCUGCACUUUGAAAAUGUCAGCUUUCAGAGAUCUCCUCUGAGGGAA